AUGUCCGUCCAGACACAUGUGUCCCGUCUUUGCCUUUUUUGGCUUCUCAUAGCCACAGCCGCCGCGGCAGCAUCAUCAUUGUCGCAUCCACCGGUCCCUGGCGUUGGUUUUAGCCUCACGCCAGAUUAUGGAACCGCAGCCAUCUUCUUCCAGAACGGGUCCCACGUAGAAGUAGCUCGGAUCGAGGGAAGCCCGGCGUACAAGUCUUUCAUGCGCAAAGGCGACAACGCAACGUCCAUCGUUGAAGACUUACCUGGCAUGUCCUUGCUGCGCAACGCUGUGUGCCCUCCACUGCAGCCUUUCGGUCUUGCUAUCUGCGAGAGGGAUCCAGACUUCGACAGUUGCCAGGGUCUUUUGCGGAGUCUACAGUCAUCGGUCGCGUCUUACCUAGGCACAACAUUUUGUUAUGCCGGCGUAGUCGUCCCUGACCAGACUUGGCAGUAUCAAGACUACAUCAUCAACAAAGCAAUCAAAUCGGCUGGCCUUCGUCUAACCCAUCGGGUCUUGAGCGCUGCGAAGUUGGUGAUGUGGGCCAACCGCAUCAAUAACCCAAGCACACCGCGUUACGAAACGCAAGCCGUUCUAUCAGUAGAUUACAGCGACUCUGGGCUGAACGUUAAUCUGUUCGCCGACGACGAAGGAGUUGCGGACGUUUUACGUCAAGUCUACGACCAGCAGCUCGGCGCGGAUCGUCGGGAACAGCCCGGCCAUCUCCAAGCCGUCAAAGCCUUACUUGCAGAGGUUACUAAGCUACCAUUGGGAUAUGAUCUUUACGGACACCCGAUGCCAGACAAGAUUCAACGAGUUGUUCUUUAUGGCGAUGCAGUAAUGGAUGGAGAGUUUCUUGAUACGUUGAAGGCUGUUGUUGGUGUAGACGUGGUUGACAACGCCCAGUCCUUCGCACCAGUCUUCACCGCUGCGAUUGGGAUGGCAAUGUCUGCUUUCGAGCGCGAGAAUUGGUUGGACUUCAACGUGGAGCCUGCUUUCGGUUGUCGCUGGCGAUCGAGGCUCUAUGAUGCCCCGAGUGAGGAACUUUAG